AAUACAAUACCUGUCAAGCCUCGCCGACUUCUAGCAGGUAUACUCAAUAUAGGGAAACACGAACAAUAGCGUUAUAUAGAGCAGGGUAAUGCCUACGUGUGUUUGGUAAGUAAGUAGCCGGAGUAACACUGAAGCUUUUCUGUGGACUAAUCGUAAAACCAACACUUAUUGUUGGUAUUAAAAUGUUUCUUUAGGACAGGUAAUCGCUUUUAUUUCUCGUGGAUUUAAAUUUCGCUUAGUUACAAACACACUAGCGUUCAUUUUAGAAAUCUGCCGAGCAUAUCGAAUGGCAGAGGAAGGUUUGGGAACCCGGGCGAUAAUAACAGAUCAAGGGAAAUUUAUUACAGUGCAAUAAACGCGAGUUGACGAUACGGACAGUGGUCAAACUGGCCCAGUUGUGAGACAGAUUGUUUUUUCUGGAAUAUGGAUUAAAUCAAAUAUUCUUUGGACGUGUCUCCGCGAGAGCUGGAAUAUUACACGGCAUGACUUAAGGUACGUGUCUGUCAUUUGAUAAUUGUGCGAACGAAUUCUGUGAGAUAAGUUAGGACGAAAGACGUCAAGAUGAGGCUGUUUACGUCCACAAUGUGUUUAGAGGAAUUCGAACCUCGACCACCAUUUCUGACCGACCCCACACGAGACAAUCUUAAAGGUAUGGGGUACAGCUCAACCUACCGAGAUCACAAAUUACGACUCCCCACCCCAGAGAAAGUCGCCAUCAUGGAACUUUCGAACAGCUUCGAGAGACGGAGACUUGGAAAACAGCAGCAGAUGCUGACUGAUAUGAAUCAACGCUGCAGAGAACAGGAAGUCGCCGAUUUGUCCAAUAAACUCUCAGAAAAAUGCAGUCUUUUGGACUCGGAAAAUAGGAAAGUGAGAGAAGUUGAGUUCUAUCGUACAAACUUUAUGACAAGAAGGCAAAAAACAUAUCACGGUUUUUCCGAUGAGGAAACCCAAGAAAUGAGCGAUCCAAACUCGCCAUCUCCGUCGCCAGGAAUCAAGUCACCGCGACUAGUUUUUGACAAAAGUUACAAACAUUUUCCUGCCAGAAAGGUUAUGAAACACCAGUCUCGAUUUGACCUUGGCCGCACGCAUUAUCGGCACCAUGUGAAGCAUCAAGCAAAGGUUGAAAAACCCUCACAACAGACAGAUAUGCCUCAAUACGCCGAGAGACUUUACAAUCGGGCUAAAUAUUUAGCAUCUCAAAAAAUCAAUGGACAAGUACAAUUUGAGCAUUACAACAGUCCACGGAAUGACCAUUUUGCCCCGUUGAUUUUACCGAAUAUUGACAACGGAUCUAAUAGUAAACUAGAUUCUAUCACCACGGCGCGCGUGAACCUUGGUACGCGGUCAAGGUCGACUCUCACACAUGGGAUGGAUGGAAGUGUUGGGGGUUAUCUCAGUAACAAAAGUAGUUUCAAAAGCACGCGCUCCACACGUGCACCUAAGACAUUGAACGGGGAGAUAAUUUCCGCCAUUACUGUUCCACAGACGGAUACUGUCCCACAGAAUCCCGCUUCUCCCCCAGUCAACACGGAAUCCCCCAAGGAGGGUAUAAAUGAACCUGUGGCUACCCCAACUAAGGAAGAAGUUCCGGAGGCAAAUGUGACUGUGUAAUUUCAAUUCGAUGACUUCAGUGAGCUGCAUAUAUGGUGGUUAUAUACAUAUAUACUAGUGUUAGCAACAUAUAGCCUUUUAUUUUAUAUAGCAGCUAUCAGACAUUUAUUGUUCAUCUUCCUGAAAUCGUCGAACGUGUGGUAGGGAAUUUCAAAAAGGUGGAAGUGGGUUUGCGGAUAUAUAUGCAAACCAAAUGAAUUCACAAAAUCCCGUCGUCGCCAAGCAGCGGUGACAUAUGUUACAACUGUGAGACAUAUUCGUAAGAGAUAUUAUAAUAUCUUAUUGAAUAUGUAGACUACCACCGGACGAGUACGUCAGUGUCGCAGACUUUUGGCACACCUGUAUAUAUGUAUAGGUAUUGUUACCUGUUCCACAUUACCUGUCCUCACACCUGUACGUAGCUACAUGAAUUAUUAUGUGUACGCUAUUGGUUUUAAGAUCAACACGGUAUUGAGAUUUGCAAUAUGACACACCAGAUUGUAUUAUGAUUUGUUCACAUUUUAUUCCGCAACUGUUGCCAGAAUCCUUUUUUAUCGUUCUCGGUUCAAUUCCGCCAUUUACAUAAUUCCCUAUCUUAGUUUACAGAGAUCUAUAGCCUUAGCAUGCAUGGACCACGUUCAUACACUAAUGAAGGACAGGGGUUUAAUACGAUAUAACCCAUUGUUACAGUAUAUGUACUCUUUGGUAUUAUAAUAUAUACAGAUGUUUCUGAAUAAAUAUAGUCGCCUGAA